CUAGAACACCAGGACCUGUAACUCUAGAAGCAAUUUUUCCGCUUGCGUCGAACAAAAACGUUUUAUCCAUUGGCUGUCUUCUAAUAUCACAACAAACGUAGUCCAUUGGGUAGCUGUCAGACAGCCUCAGAUCUGAUUGGUUGAAGACGAGGGCGGCCGAGUACAACUACAUUUCACUAACAUCUCUGGUGAACUUUGUAUCAUUUACUACUGUGAGGUGAAGAGAAUGGCAGCCACAAGACAAUUGACUCACACGGUGGCUGUGAUUACCAUCAGCCACCCACCUGUCAAUGCACUAAGUACUGCUCUCAGACAGUCACUGGUGAAGGAAUUUGGAGAGGCCAGCACGGAUCCCUCUGUGGAAGCAAUUGUUCUCGCUGGAGCUCAUGGGAAGUUCAGUGCAGGUGCAGACAUACGAGAAUUUUCGACUCCGGCUCUGAAAUCAAUCCCCUCUUUAGAGGACCUAAAUCGUACAAUUGAAAGCAGUGCAAAGCCUGUAGUUGCUGCCAUUGAAGGCAUAGCUCUGGGAGGGGGCUUGGAAUUGGCCCUGUCAUGUCAUUACCGUGUUGCAAACAUACAGGCAUAUUUGGGUCUUCCUGAAGUCCUUAUUGGCAUUCUCCCUGCAGCUGGUGGAACUCAACGACUGCCACGAUUGAUAGGGGUUCCUGCUGCUCUGGACAUGAUCAUCAGAGGGAGACAUGUUCCAGCCCCUGAAGCACUUCAACUUGGUAUUGUGGAUGAAGUUGUGCAAACUAGCACCAUUGAUGCAGCAGUGCAACUAGCAAGAAAAGUUGUAGGACAGCCACUGGACUCACGCAGAUUAAGCACCAUACCUGUCCGUUCACCUCCCAAUGUCAACGCUUUUUUUGAUACUGCUUUGGAUAAGGCAAGGCGACAGUUUCGGGGAGCCCAAGCACCCCUUGCCUGUGUUGAAGCUGUAAGAGCCUCUGUACAACUACCUUUCCAGAGAGGUAUUGAGAAGGAACACGAACUGUUUGCCUCACUCUGGUCCACAGGCCAACCUCAAGCUCAGCAAUACGCCUUCUUCUCAGAGAGGAAUGUUGGCAAAUGGUCGCUUCCCUCAGGGAGAUGGGACAAUGUGUCGCCCAAAUCCAUCCAUUCAGCAGCAGUGAUAGGACUGGGGACGAUGGGAAGAGGGAUAGUCACUUCCCUGUCAAAGGCAAAUAUUCCUUCUAUUGCUUUGGAGCAAAAUGCACAGCAGCUGGAGCAGGGACGCAAAGCUGUGAAUGUUCUUCUUGACCGUGAAGCCGAAAAGAUGAAGCAGCAAGGCCGAAUAGUUAGUCCUGAAAACAAUCUGGGCUCUGUACGUUUUACUUUGGACUUUAAAGAGCUUAAAGAUGUUGACCUAGUGAUUGAGGCAGUGUAUGAAAACAUGGAACUAAAAAAGGAAAUCUUCAAGAAGUUGUCAUCUUUCUGCAAGCCUGAUGCCUUCUUAUGUACAAACACAUCUGGCCUUAACAUUGAUGAAAUUGCUUCUGUAACCAAUUAUCCUGAUCAAGUUAUUGGUAUGCACUUUUUCUCGCCAGCUAACAUUAUGCGACUUCUAGAAGUAGUCAGAGGACGACACACUUCCCUUACUACCAUAGCUACAGCCAUGAACCUUGGAAAAACAUUGGGCAAAGUAGCUGUGCUGGUUGGCAACUGCCCUCGUUUUGUUGGGAAUAGAAUGCUGGGCCCAUACCUUGAGCAAGCAAGUUAUCUUUUAGAAGAAGGAUGCCUUCCAGAAGAAGUGGACCAAGCUAUUGAAGACUUUGGUUUUGCCAUGGGCCCUUUUCGGAUGAUGGACCUAGCAGGUCUGGAUGUUGGUUGGAGGUCACGAAUGGAGUCAGGUCUCACCGGCCCUAAGGUUCCUGCUGGAGCACCAGCCCGCCAACGCAAUGGCAAUAGGUACAGUCCUCUUGCUGACAUGAUGUGUGAAUUGGGGAGAUUUGGCCAAAAGUCAGGUAAAGGCUGGUACCUGUAUGAAAAACCUGGUGGUAGAAAAUCAAUGCCUGAUCCUUGGAUCAAGAAUUUCCUGGAUGAAUACAGAAGCACUCACCAAAUCAUAAGACAUUCUAUAACGCCAAAUGAAAUUGUAGACAGAUGUUUGUAUGCUCUUGCCAAUGAAGGAUUCAGGAUUUUAGAAGAUGGCAUAGCCUCAGGCCCUGAGGACAUUGAUGUCAUAUACAACAAUGGAUAUGGCUUUCCUAAGCAAAGAGGUGGACCUAUGUAUUAUGCUGCCAUGGUUGGGCUAGCUAGAGUGCUUGAACAUCUGGAAAACUAUUAUAAUGCCAACACCGACAUUCCUAGUAUGAAGCCCACCUUCUUGCUGAAAAAGUUGGCUGCAGUGGGAGGACCUCCAAUCAAAGAAUGGAGAACACAACUUGGUAAUCUCUCUAACAAGCUGUGAUUAUGCAGUAAGGAGACAAAUCUGUUUUAAACACAUAAUAAUAAAAUGGCACGGAGCAACUUUGCUCUAUAAAUCAAUGACACAUCUGUAUGUGUUACAACUAUAAAAUCAAUCCUUAGUAAUUUAUUAUUUUCAAAACAGAGACCAAUCUAUUGUAACAGAUGCUAAUUUAACUGCCAGUCAGAUUACUAAACUGCAAAUUAAUUCAGGUAUGAUUCUUAUAUUAGUCAAGAUGCACUUUUGUGGUCCUUUCAGCAGAAAAAAAAGCAAAAAGAUUAAGCAUCUGUUAUAAAAUACAUCAUUUAACCUAGUACCAGCAUUUUUAGAACAGCCAUUUGGGUCCACUUUGUCAGUUUUGUUGAAUGUGUGGAGCUUUGACACUUAGGACCAAGCAUUUAAAUAAAUCGUAUUUAGUGCUUUACAAAUUAUAGUUAUAAAAAUCUGAAGUUCUUCUUGAUCCAGUCCCUUUAAGGAAACAAAUUUUAAAUGUAAUGUAAACCCCAUAUUUGCAAGCCUCAACUUUAGAGCAUGUUUUUCACAGUGUUCUUCCAUUCUACAUUCUCAGUUCUCAAGUUCAUUGUCAUAUAUCCUUGCAUUACAAAAAGGAAUAGGUUUUCCACAACCUAAAAAAAACUUACAGUAUUUAUCCUCUUUUGUAAGGCUGGCCCUUUCACAGAGAGAUUUCUGCAGAAGAGGAAUUAAUAAAAUGUGAAUUUUCUUCAUGCUUCCUUUUUCAACUUGUACCUUUCUUACUGCGCCUGUGAUCUUGCCAACGUCAACAUUUCUCCAAAUGAUGAAUACAAGGAGAAAGAAAAUCUGCACUUAUUGUUCUAAAAUGCUUGCUGCUCGACUGAUUGCACUUUUUGUACAGAAACAGAGUUUUAGGUACAUGAAAAAAUCUGAUUGUCAUUCUGAUGCUGACCUGCUUAUUUUCUAAUUAAAGGCACUUGAUUUUUCAUAAAGCA